AUUUUAUCAGCUGUUCAUAUCAAUAUCACGAUAUAUCUUGACACUUAUAAGUGGGCACAAACACCAUCUCUUCAAAAAUGGCUUUAACACUGUGGAAACAGUCAAGUCAUAGCGUUGGUGGUGGCAACUAUAUAAAAUGAAGACCGGUUUAUUAUGUCUCUGUAUAUUAAUAACAAUCUGCACAUCCGCGUCACAUCAAAGGCGCAAAUUUCCUGAAGAUUUCUUGUUUGGCGUAUCAACUGCCGCGUAUCAAAUCGAAGGCGCUUGGAAUGAAGAUGGAAAAGGCGAGAACAUUUGGGAUUAUGGAAUCCAUAACGGUGUAGGUAAUAUAGUGGACAUGUCAAAUGGUGAUGUCGCCGCGGAUUCCUACCACAACUAUGCUAGGGACAUCGAAAUGAUGAGGGAAUUGGGCAUAGAUGUAUACCGAUUCUCUUUAUCUUGGUCGAGAUUAUUGCCGAGUGGCUUUGCUGAUAACAUCAACGAAGCAGGAAUCGCUUACUACAACCGAUUAAUAGAUGAGUUACUAAAGUAUAACAUCACCCCCAUGGUCACUCUAUACCACUGGGAUCUGCCACAAAAACUUCAGGAAUUGGGUGGGUUCGCUAACCCUCUACUUGGGAACUGGUUUGAGGACUACGCUAGAGUAGUGUUCCGGUCUUUUGGAGACCGAGUUAAACUCUGGAUCACCUUUAACGAACCAAGGGAAAUAUGUCUGGAUGGUUAUGGCUCUGAUAAUAAGGCUCCGUUUUUGAAUGCUGCGGGUAUUGCGGACUAUAUCUGCGCUAAACACCUUGUGAUAGCUCAUGCCAAAGCGUACAGACUUUACGUAAAUGAGUUUAAGUCGACACAAAAGGGAAAAUGUGGCAUCACUUUCGGUGUAAGCUCGAUUUUGCCGCUUACUGAUUCAGAAGAAGACAGACUGGCAGUUGAACUUCGCAGACAGGGCGACUUGGGAAUAUACACAAAUCCAAUUUUCUCUAAAGAAGGAGGGUUCCCUAAAGAAUUCGCUGAAAGGGUUGCCAUGAAAAGCAGUGAACAGGGUUACCAACGUUCGCGUCUUCCUGAAUUUAGUGACAAGGAAAAAGAGUUUGUCCGAGGAACGAGUGAUUUCUUCGGUGUGAAUCAUUACGGUGGAUCGUUUCUGUCCGCUACUGAUGGCAUUGAUGACCGUGUCCCGUCACUCAACAAUGAUGCACCAGUUGCUUACCACACUCCUGAUGAUUGGCCGAAAUCCGUGUCCAGUUGGCUAAUGCAAAUGCCAAACAGUUUAAAUAUAACGCUCGCAAGAUUGCACGCGGAUUACAACAAUAUUGAAUUUUAUGUAACCGAAAAUGGUUGGUCGACUUACAAAGGUCUGAAUGAUGACGACAGGGUGCGCUACUUUAGAGCGGCGUGGGAAAGCGCUUUAGAUGCCAUCGAACACGGCGUCAAUCUCAAGGGAUAUAUGGCGUGGAGUCUCAUGGACAACUUCGAAUGGGCGCAGGGAUACAGCGAAAGGUUCGGGCUAUAUGAAGUAGAUUUCGAAGAUCCGGCACGAACGCGUACACCGAGGAAAUCCGCGUUCAUUUACAAGAAUUUAUUGAAAACACGUUAUGUAGACCACGAUUAUGAACCUGAAAAUUAUAUUAUGUCUAUCGAUGAGGGCCAUUAAGACUUUAUUGCAAUAACAGACGAGUGACGAUUUGACCUCAGCUGUACAAAGACUUCUUUAUGAGCGAUCAUCACCACAGGGUUCCUUUUUAAUAUUAUACUAAGGGCUAUUUUUUCUAAAAUCAAAUUCAAAUAAAUUAAAAUCAAUCAAAACAAAUCAAAAUCAUCAAAAUUUAUCCAAUAAACUAUAGCUUGACUUACUAUGAAAGUGAGACAAAAC